AUGAUGAGUGGAGACCGACCUGCACUCUCGCCCGGCGGCGUGAGCGCCCGAACCUCUCAGGCCCGGCCGGGGCGGGCCGCGGCAGCAGGGAGCAGGGCGGCGGCGGCGGCAGCGGCGCACCUAAGGCCAGCGGGAUCAGGUCAAGCGGCCCGCGCGAACGCCUUCAUGCGGUGUGGUCGCCGGACCCGGCGGCGCACAGAUGGCCAGCGGAAAACAAGAUACCAACUCGGAGAUCAGCAAGCGCCUGCGGUGGAAAGCCACGCCGCAGGGCAAGACCGCUGCUCAAAGAAGGACAAGUACGCUGGCCGGCGGAGCUGCUGGCACGCUUGGGCAGAUGGUGGCAGCAGCGCAGCAUUGGCCAUGGGCGGCGAACGUGGGCGUCGGGGCGGCCGUGAGGCCAGCGCCUGGAGAGCCCCGGCGGCGCGGCGGAGGAGCGCGCAUGUCAACGGCUGGGCUAACGGCACCUACCCGGCUGGUGACGCAGCAUGCGGCCGCGGCUUUGCGUGCAGGAAACUGGCUGGCCUACAGGCGGCACCCAGGCGCGGGCGGCGCGCACCGCCGGCACGCACCCGCACCAUCCGCACGCGCAUCCUCUGCUGCUGGCCAUGCACCGCUACGACGCCGGGCGCGCAUCUGGCCAUCUCCAACUCUCGAGGGCUACAUAGGCGCAUCGCCUUCAGGGCUGGCGGCAUCCGCACAGUGCCACCACGGCAGCCGCCUGCGCCGCUGCGGGCGGCGCGCACUCUGGCGGUGGCGGCCGCAGCGCAGCGCAGCAGCCGCGUCGUCCAGAGUGCCCUGGGCGCCCUCGGUUCUCUCUGGUCAAGUCCGAGCCAGGCGGCAGUCCGCCGCUCGGCUCACUCUCGCGGCUGUCUUCAGGGACCUGCGCGGAUAAUCAUGUACCUGCGGCCGGCAAGGUGGCGACCCGGCGGCGGCUGCGGCUGCCGGCCCAAAGCAACUGCCUCGCUGCCGCACUACGGGAGCGCGCGGGCGCGGGCGUCAGCUUUGCCGGUGCCCCUGGCACAUCUGGCACGCAGGGGCGCCGAGGGUUGCUGCAGCUCUGGUCCGCUUGAGCAAGCGUGA